CCCAUGUCCACGCGCAUACUUGAGACGCGUUUAUUAUGGUGAAGAACUUCUGAAUACCAAAUAAUAUCGUUUUUGUCUCCCGAGGGACGUUGAGGUUAACUUUUGGAGAGAUAGUUGUGCCAUGCUGAUGUACGACUUGUGUUUUUUCUGAAGAGACAUCAGCAGACGGUGAAUCAAUAUUGAGGACGUACACUGCCAUCUGAUUUCUAACUUGUUUAUAAGGAAUUUCAUUGGUCGGGCUCCUGCUGCUGCUUCAGGGAUAAAUGAUCACCUCAACCAGAAGAGUGUCUCCUGAUAAAUCUGAAGUUAGAAUCGCCUUCAGCCUCGAAGACACAUCAGAUGUAAAAGAUGUGGCGGACAUCCCUCAGACUUUCCCAGACCUUGAACAGCGACUACAGCCAGUACCCCCCUGUGUGUCUUUGAGAGAGAGCGUCCAGGUGCACAAGGAACACUGCAGGAUGGCCAGAGAGUUCCACCAGGUCAAACACGAGAUCGCUGCCAUUGAGGAUUGCAAGCGUCAGUUGCUGGCAGAGCUGGUGGAGGAUGAGAAGGUUGCCAUGGAGAUUGCCCGUCUAGAGGAGGAGUUUCUGCGUCUAACAGAGGAGAACCGCACACUGAUGACUGUCCACAACGAGUGCGCUCAGCAGCUGGAGAGGCUCUGCUUACCCAAUCAGACGAGGCAGGACUCCUCGUGACCUCUGACCUCCCGCAGAACCUGAGGCCUCCCAACAUCCAGCUGACGCCAGGCAGGAAACCAGGCAGAAAUAAAGGCUCAGCUAGUGCUCAUUCAACACAAAUACAGUCAGUGGUUCAGAUAAUUACACAGAAAGGUGCCGUGGUUAUUCGUGAGUCAUUUGUUUGAGAUAUCAUCAUCUGCUGUUGUAGUGAUUCUACCAAGCUAUGACACAAGGCCACUUUUCUGGAUUGUGUUAUUAUGUGAUCUUGCAGAACCUUCCUGGUUGUCAUUGCAAAUACCUUACAGUAUAUAUUCAUACUCAGCUGCUGUGAAUGUGACCAGAUCAUCUGAAAUCUGUCUCAGGUCCUGUGGAGACUCAGAUCUUUUACCUGGGGUCUGUGGAGGUAGCAUGAGGUGGUAUGAUGUGGUCCAAAUGUUGUAUUUUGAGGAUUGUUCUCCCCCCCCCCCUGCUCCCUCUCUUCCACCUAGACAAUUGCCCGUCAAGUUCCUGUUGUGAUAAAAAGGAUAUGAGACGAGUGGUUUAAAAGUGUCAGGGACCGGGAAAUAAUAGCCUUUUGUGAGGAACAGUAAAAGAAGAAGGAUGAUUACGCUCAUACGUUUCACAAUGAGCAUCUGCUGUGACACAACACUGUAAGAAUUGUACAUUUGAUUGAUGUAGCGUGUCUCAUCCACCUGGGUAUUAUACAACAAGAUUAAACGUUGAUUAUUGCCGGCGUCCAUUAUUAAAGUGAAUUUUAUUUUAACACCAGCAUCAGU